ACUCGUCGCUUUUUUAAGAGAACCGACCCUAUUCUUCUUAUUAUUCUAUUAACAUUUCUUUCCCUCCUUAUUCAAAACCCUAGCCCCUCUUCUAAAUUUCCUAAUUCUGCUCAAGUGAGUAUUAUUUUUCCUUUAAUUCGAAUAAAUUUCGCAAUAUGUAGAGCUUAGGAGUAAGAUUAAAGUCAUCUUCUUUAUUUAUAUGUCUCUUGUUCAUGAAAUGUCUCAAUCUUCUAGUUCUUCAUACGGAUGUAAGAGGAUGUGCCUCUGUGGAAUUGUAGCUCUGCAUCUCAUGUCCAAGACUCCUGAGAAUCCUGGAAGACAUUUUUUUAGGUGUCCAAAACCUGAUAAUAAGGGGUCAUGUGGUUAUUGGGAAUGGAAAGACGAUAAAUUUUCAUCAAGAGCUUUAGUUGUCAUCAAUAAAUUGAAGAGGGAAAAGGAGGCUCUUGUGAGGAAAACAGAUUUUCUGCAGAAAAAAUCAGAUGAUCUUCAUAUUGAAAUCAAUGUAUUAAAGGGAAAAGUUGUUGCCUUUGAAGGAUCUUCUAUUGAUCAUGAUAGAGUAGUUGCAAAGUUGAAAGAAAAACUAUUUUGGUAGUGGAUUCUCAUUCUUAUGUUGUUGGGUUGCUUUGUUGGGAUUUUCAGAUUGAAACCAAUGUAUUAAAUGCAUUGUUGUUGUUCGAUCGAUUAUAAUAGGAUGUUUGAUGAAAUGUAAAGUGUGUAAUAUAUUUUCUUAUGGAAAAAGACAUUAGCAAUUUUGUUUGAGCUUAUAAGAAAUGGGCUUAACUACUACUGUUGUGAUGCAUUUUCAAGUUAAU